UAAAGGCGAUAAAAAAAUUUGAAUUUAAAUUUUGAAAAGAAAAAAUCUUAUAAAAAGGAUUUACCAUUUAUUGUUUUCUAAAUAUCAAGUCAUUACCGUUCAAACGCUAUAUUAUAUAGCAAUAAUACAGAAAGUGAAAUAUAAUCACAACUCAAAUAAAGAUUUAGAGAUAAACAAAAUAAAUAAACAAACAAACAAAAAGAAUAAAUAACAAAGAGAUGUAUUUUAUAAAUAUCUAAAUUUGAAUUAAUCAAACAAGUGAAUUUGAAUACGAGAUGAUUAAAACAAAAAGUGUAUAUAAGAAAUUAACAUAUGAACAAUUAACUUGAAGAUUUAGAGAUUACCUAAAACAAAAGAAAGAAAAACAUUUAUUUAAUUUAAAAAAAAAAUUGUACUCUAUAAAUAUCCAAACGCAGCCUUAUUAUUUUGGCGCUUUAAAUCUUUCAAUUCAGUUAACACAGUUUUUUUCAACAGCGAAAUGCGAAACGAACUUUCAAUUUCUGUUGAUUCUCACUUAGCCAUGCUCCGCCUCAGCUCCGCCGCUGACGCCACCACCGGAAAAUUCUCCGGCGACCAAUCUCCUCAUCAGCAAUGCCAUUCUUGUCGUUCCGUCAAGAAAAUCCCACAAUUCUCACCUGAAAUUUCCACCACCACCAUCGCCGCCGCCGGAGCUGCCGUCAUUACAGCAGAAACACUUGCCACGUCAUGUAAGAAAACUACCCUUUACGGCGGCGCCACCACCACUACCAAGGGAAAGAGACACUCAAACUGUCGUUUUUCUUCUUCUCUGGAAGAGCCAUUUCCAAAAAGAACUGCCACUGUUCUACCACCCAUUUCCACCACCGCAGAUGGCGGCGCCGGUGGUUCCAGCGACACCUACAACAUCAAUAACAGUAACCAUUUCCAAGGUUUCAUCAAAAUCCCACUCCAAAAUGACCAAGAAUCUCCGGUGACUCCAUCGCCUUCACCAUCUCCGGCGAAACCACCAUUAGCGCCGCCAUUUCCUCGACCCCUUUAUCGGACUACUUCAGAUCCCACUGGCAAAUCCCCUAAACCCCCUUCUCACCGUACCCUCACAAGAACCUCUAGCUGGUCACCAAAUGAGCUCGAUUUCAACAAUGGAGAAUCUUCUACCACAAUGAAAUCCCCAACUCACUCUGUUGUUGCAAGAACAGCUAGCUGGUCACCAAAUGUUCAAGAAUUAGGUGGUUCAGUUAACAAUGGAGAAACUCCUUCUGCAAUGAGGUUAAAGAGAAUGAAAGAUGGAAUGAGAGAAAUGAGACAAUGGUGUGACCUUAUGAUUCAAGAAGAAGAAGUAACUCUCCAUGAAGAAAAUAAGAUUGUAAAGGAUGAUGAGACGGAUAGUGGUGGAGGAGAAGCAUUGUGUGAGGAGGCUGUAUGGGUGGAAAGAAUGGGGAACUGUCUCAUUCUUCAUUUCAAGUGUCCUUGUGGUAAAGGAUAUCAGAUUCUGCUAUUUGGAAAUAACUGCUACUAUAAACUCACCAAUUUCUGAAUUUGAUCAUACAACUCUACUUUUGUUUGUUUUUACUCAAUGUGUAGUAAACUUUGUUUCAUUCCUUGAUUGCUCAAAGAAUAAACGUACUUGCAUGAAGCAAUCAUAUGAUAAAAUCCUAUUGCUUUGAAACCACCAUAAUAACAAAAAACUUUCUUCGAAGCUGGAGUUGUACAAGAAAAUUACUGAAGGAAAACGGGGAAAUGUCAAAUUUUCACAUAACAAUCGACAAGCAAA